GUCACGACUCGGGACCUUUCUUUCGGAUUCCAGAAAGCAACCAUGAAAAGGAAACUAGGGAAAUGUUCAAAUUAGCGCGGAGCUCUACAGAAGUCGAUUAGGAGAUUCCUUCACACUCUUCUCAACCAAAGAAGAAAGAACUGGAGCUUGCAAUGGAUGCUGACAGGUUAAAUUCACCAAGUACCUCAGCAAUUAUACUUGAAAUUCUGGGACAUCAAUUACAGUUUUCUCAGGAUCCUAAUUCCAAACAUUUGGGAACUACAGUAUGGGAUUCAUCAGUUGUAUUUGCCAAAUAUCUGGAAAAGAAUUGCAGGAAAGGUAGGUUUUGCCCAACUAAAUUGAAGGGGAAACGUGUUAUAGAACUUGGAGCUGGUUGUGGAGUAGCUGGAUUUGGCAUGGCAUUGCUAGGAUGUGAUGUUAUUUCAACGGAUCAAGUUGAGGUCUUGCCUUUGUUAAUGAAGAACAUCCAGCGGAACACGUCAAGAGUCAUGCAGACAAACCCUGAUUCAGCAUCAUUUGGUUCGGUUCAAGUUAUGGAGUUGGAUUGGGGAAAUCAGGAGCAUAUAAAGGCUGUUGAUCCUCCGUUUGAUUAUGUCAUUGGCACUGAUGUUGUUUAUGCAGAGUAUCUCUUGGAACCACUCUUGAAGACCAUAUUAUCAUUAUCUGGACCUAAAACCACAAUCCUGUUGGGAUAUGAAAUUCGGUCUACAACUGUCCAUGAACAAAUGCUUCACAUGUGGAAGAACAACUUUGACGUCAAGACCAUUCCAAAAGCAAAGAUGGAUAGUAAGUAUCAACAUGCCAGCAUCCAACUUUUUAUGAUGGGGUUAAAGACUGGACUAGGGUCGCCAGAGAACACAGCCCAGUGGACUGAUGGGAACAGUAGUGAGGUUAGGACAGAAGCUAGUGAUCCAAAUGAAGAGAAGGGUGAGAGCUCUAGUGAGGUGGAGGAGGUAGAAGAUAGUGGUACUACGGCAGUUAACGAAGAUGGCCAACCAGUUGUGGCUCUCAAAAAUGGUAAGCUCAGUGACUGGGAAGCAAGGAGAUAUGGAUCUAUGGCAGCACGGCUUCUACGAGAUGUGAAGAUAACUUAAAAUUUUGGUGUUGCAUCUUGUAUCAUUUUAGAGUCUUAUGUUUCUGAUAUUUAAUUAGCUAACAAGUUUUGACUGACGUGAGUUUAUAACAAAGUUGUCUUAGCUGCACAAGCCAA